AAAUUUUUUGCCGCUGCAUUCUCUCGAUCCUUAAGCAUUUUCGUCCAACCUAUGAUCUCUUCACCUACUUCAGGUUAUUUUUCUCCUUUCCUCUCCGAACCCUAAACCUGCCGCCCCUUCUCCUUUCCUCUUCAAGCCCUAAACCCAUCGCCCCUUCACGACUCGUAGUAACUAGUCGCAGGGAGAGCGAGAGAUGGGCAACAGAGGCCACAAGGUUGUAAAACCUUACCACGAUGAUUUCAGCAAAGCCGAUUCUAAUCUUUCCCUCCUCGCACAAUUCCCUCUCGGUUCUUGCAUACUCGAUCUUCUUGCAGAUCACAGCUUUUCCCUUUAUUUACCGGAAGAGGAGGUGGCACUCUCCUCUUUGGCCAUCGAUGAGGCGACGAGAGCCCUAUUUCCUCGCCUUUCCUUUCUCUUUAAGGUUUGGUUUCCAUCCUUGUAUAUAUUUGGUUUUUGCACUCCAAGGGCAUCUCCAUCUCGCCGCCGCUGCAUCCAUUACGAUCGUAAGCACUACCUCAAUUCUUUCUCGCAGUACAACAUUUGAUGGAUGCAUGUAGAUUAAAUUGUUUAAGGGAUCCUUCUCUUCUUUGUUUUUUUUGUCAGAUUGUUUGAGAUUAGGGCUUUUUCUCUUGCCAAUUACUUCUACGGUCAAUGAGUGGACUGCAAAAUGUAUUUCCAAAGCAUAACAAUUUGUCUAAAAGUUUGCGUGAAAAUUUUACCGUCAGUUGAUGGUUAAUAUGAUUUUUUGAACACUGUUGGAAUUAUGUAUAGCCUCGACAACCGCUAAAAUGCUGUUUUGUUUGCUUGUGUCCUUGCUUUAGUUAGCCAGAGACGUCCAGAAUGCUGCUGUUUAAUUUACUCUAGAAUUUCAACUCUUUCUUAUCUUGUUAGUCACAGGGCCUGGAAAUAGAGAUGAACAUUCAUUUUGUCCUUUUAAUUUAUCAUUAGUGCAUGCACAUCUUUUGGGAACUUCAUACUAGCAUGAUACAAAAAAUAACAGCUAUCCAAUUUUGAGACCAUAGUAUUCAUCAAUUUAGUACCACUAUGUUGAUUUCUCACAUUCUAUGAUGCAUUGAGUUAUACAACUUUAAUAUGUUUAACAAAUAUGGCUAGAAGUCUUGUAAUUCUUAACUAUUGAUUGUUGAGACUUCCUUAAUCAUUUGUUUUAAAUUCUUUCUUUAUUUUUAUUUUUUUUCUUGUGUCUGACUUUAAUUGACAAUCGACGAUUGGACUUAAAUUACUUGGAAGUAGAUACUUUACACAUGAGGUUAUGUUUUGUGUUUCAUGUCAUCCCUGCGUAUCAUAAAUUGUGUGGAGCAAUGUGAGAGAACUGGAAUAAUUGGUGACCAUACAAUUGAACAAUGCCUGUAUUCCAGCAAUGAUCUGUCCCUCAAUAGUUCAUGGUAUAUACAAGAGCCACUUUAUUUGCAGUGGAAGCAACUGAACUGCGGGAACUGCUGACUGUCGAGGAACUGUGGGAGAGAGUUAAACUUCCAAGAAACUAUGAGAAGGCUAUUGAAAUUAUUGAUAAGCAUAUGGUACUGUUACUCUCACUGACUAGUUCUUGAAAUCUAUCUUUGAAGUAUUGAAUUAUUUGCUGUUUUUUUUUCUCAAGAGUUCUGGCCUAAAUUACUUGUGCACAAAAUAAAACAACGACUAACCAAAAUGACUCAAUGUCGAAUCCGCAUGAGAAAGCUUGAAUUAAAAGUGAGGGAAAAGAUAAUGACAGUGCCCAGAAAGGAAAAGAGAGAAGCCAGGAGGGAGGAAAAAGUUGAAAAGGCUGCAGUUUUGGAUAAGAGCAUCGAGACUGAACUUCUAGAGCGCCUGAAGAAAGGUGUUUAUGGUGACAUAUACAACUACCCUGUCGAGGCAUAUAAUAAUAUCUUGGAAAUGGAAGGUCUCCAACCAAGUGCAACUGAAGAAGAAGAACAGGAGGCAGAAAUAGAGUAUGUUGAAGGCUAUGAUGGACUUGAAGAGGAAGAGGACAUGGAAGAUUUUGAUGGUCUCAUGAAUGAUGAAUCCUUUUUGGGCAAUGAUGAAGAUGGAAUGCAAGAAGAUAAUGAAGAAAUGGAUCGUUUAGAACAACACAUUCCCAAGAAACUACGAGCACUGUUGGAAUCUAAAUCACAAAAGACAGAUGGUGACUAUGCUGCCAAAAAGCCAAAUAAAAAGGGUCGUGUAAUAAUUGAGGUUGAGGAGGAAGGAGAUCCAAAACAGAAGGCACUUUUGUUAGAUUGAUUUCAUACAUGUGCUUUUCCUCCUUUUGUUGGGUAAGAUAGUAUUUCUCAAAUCACACACUCAGUAAAUCCAUAGCUUACAUGUGGCAUGAGGCUGUCAUAGAAUUGGCAUCUAAUAAACUUGCCGUAGAAUUGGCAUCUAAUAAACUUGCACAUUGCAAAUGCAUAAUUCUUUACUUUCAAUUUAUAGGCUAAUUGAUGUUUCUUUUAUUAAGAUCAUCAUCUAUACUCAUUAAACUAUAUGCACUGGGGUGCACCAAAAAUAUGGUAUGGAGUCGUAGGGAAAGAUGCCUUAAAAUUAGAGGAAGCUAUGAAAAAAAAUCUGUCAGAUUUGUUUGAAGAACCACCAGACUUGCUGCACAAUCUUGUAUGUAUAUGUUUGGUUAUGUCUCAUGUGCAUUUUUUAUAUGUCGAGAUCUCCUAGUGCCUUAUCAAAGGGAUGAAAAGAUUGGACUUUUUGAUGGAGCUGGUGUGGGAAGACUGAAUUUAUUAUGGAAUUGAUGAUCAACAAUGUUGGAAAAGGUUGACAUGGAAGAAUCAGCAAGUGAGAAAGAGGAGUCCAAUGAAAUUCUACAAGUUGAAGAUUGUGAUGGGGCUUGGGUUGACAAUAAUUACUUGCAAUCCUAUAUGGCAUGAACCUCCAUCACAAGUUUCUAGUCUUUUGACUAUUGUUCAUUAGUUGUAAAUGAAGUUUAUUUAUUUAUUUGUAUUGGGAUAAAUUUUAUUUGAAUAUUAGACAUAUUUCUUCUUU